GUAAUAACUACAAGAUCAACAAUUGCGAGACGAACAACAGAAAAAUAAAAGAGGUUCUUAUUCUCGGCCAAUAUGCAUAGAUACCCAGCCUUGCUUCUGGAUUUCGAAGACAGAGCCCAAUACUAUAGAGCCAGCUAGAAACCCCGCGCUUUUUGAGGCUCAGAAGAAAGUUAUGAAUCGUAACCCAUCACUGUUACUUGAGUCGGCCAGCGGCAUGAUGACUGAAAAGCAAAACCAAUCCAGUGAGGGGAAAUAUCAAGAGAUUUAUUGGUGGCAUAGCGGGGGUCAGCGGUGGCGUUUCGUAGUAAUAUUGGGCUUCGUUUUGGCGGGAACAUUUUUACGGCAAUUUUGGGGUUCCGAAUCUAUAAUCUUCUCCAGCGCAGUACUGCCUACGAUCAAACACCACCAUGAAUUCAACCUAUACGAGCAUCUAGGACAUCUAUCCCCUUUCUUCGUUCCUUCCGACACCUCAAAAUCGCCGAGAAUAGGAACACCAACAGGAUGCACCGUUUCCAAAGGAUUUCUUGUUCACAGGCAUGGCAGUCGACACCCCCACCCAAACGAGCUCCUAGUUAUCCAAAACUUGACAUACUACAUCAACAACAAUAGUGCCUUAUUUUCGCAUCCUCAGGGCAAACUUCCAAAGGCCUGGUCCUUUUUAACAGAAGGAUGGAAUAGCACCUUCAGUACCGACAGUCUUACAGCACCAGGUCGGAAACAAUUAUUCGACCACGGUGUAUCACUUAGGCUACAUUACCCCGACUUAUACUCCGAAAAGGAAGUGCUAGCAGGCGACGAUGACCGAGUCGUCGAGUCAGCUAGAUGGUUCAUGGACGGUUAUUACGGUCGCGUUUCUAAUGCUACCACGAAUUUAAGACCAGUAGGCGAGAAUGAAGAUACGAUCAGUCGGAUCACACCACAUUACACAUGCCCUAAGUGGGACUCUAAAUCCGGCGAAGAACAACUGUCAAAAUGGCGCUCCGUCUACCUGCCGCCUAUCGCGAAGCGCAUCAAUAAAGCGCUUGCUAAGGCGUAUCCUAAAGUCCGAUUUUCCGAAGUGCACGUCCACGGCAUGCUCUAUGCAUGCGUAUACGAAACCUCGGUCUACGGUAUCGGUUCAUCGCCAUGGUGUAAUGUGUUUCUACCUAAAGAGAUAAUGGAUAAUGAAUAUGAGCGCGACCUACAGAUGCGCGGGUUCUCCAGGUACGGAUUGCCCGGAGAGAUGGAAUCUGUACUUGGCAGCCCGCUAGUCAGCAACAUGACGGCCUUCCUACACCAGCGCGACGAAGAAGGACCAAAGUUCUCAUUGGGGUUUGGCCAAUCGCGCUAGGACUAACGGGCUUAGGACUCGCCUCCGACAAAUCGUAUCCGCCCGAAGGACCGGCCGAUCCAGAUCGGGCUUGGAGAUCUGCGAAGCUAAUGCCAUUUGCUGCCUACAUGCUUUGGAAGCGGUUGGAUUGUGGAGAGGAGAAACCCAGGAUUCAACUCACGCUAAAUGGCGCGAAUUUUGGCCUGGCACCGACAGGAUGCAAAACUGAUCAUUAUGGAUCCUGUGUUUUUGAUGAUUUCUUGAAUGCAACUAGAGUGCGAAAAGCUCUGGAUAUCACGCAUGGCGACGAAAGAUGGAAAGGAGUUUGCCACUAAACACCGAAAAGCGCGAAUUCCGCCAUGUUAUUAUAAAUCCGGGAGGGUAUAAAAUGAAAUCUCACAGGACAGACAGGGGGAUAAAUAUAGGUAGUCUAGGUGCCUAAUAUUAACCCACUAUGCCCUAAAUCUGGCCCCCAAUCUGAUCUGGACGUAUCAGAUGCCAAUCAAACCCCAGGGGUUGAGUUCCUUCGAUCUC